AAUCCUAGUCAUGUCUCUACCGGUUUGUCGCAAUCCUCGUGGCCCACUUGUUUUUUUGGGCCUGCGCCACGAACGUCUCGACGAACUAUCUGUGGUGGGGCAAAGCGUCGCACUUGGCGGUCAUCCCUCAUCCUCAAGACAAGACGAACCCCCAGUCGCCCGCCUUUUCGUCGUGUCUGAUAACCUCACUCACUCAACUACGAACCUCCCAAAUUUCCGUCCUUGGCAUAGAGUGUUGCCCUGAUCAACACCUCGCCAUAGAUCCCUCGGGUUCGCCAUUUCCGACGCUUUUCCAACCAACAAGCCGCCCAUACCGCUGAUCUGUUCUCACUCCGAGAUCGCAUCGAGCCGGCCCUCGACAUGGAUCGUUCUAUCCCGUAAAAACCGCGCGUUGUGACCAGAUGAUACUCUCGCAGAACCCACGAUAAGCUCGAUCCCGUCGCCUACAUUCGACAACGUAUCGCAUUUCGCCAUGGCUCGGUUAUCUGUCGUGGCUGGCCUCUUCGGCCUUCUUACUCUUCAAACCGCGCUCGCGGCUCCCUCCAACGACGACACAAGGCAAUACUGUCCCAUCCUCUAUGCCGAACCCCCCAGGAACUGCAAGCCUCUCCCCGAGUCCUUCCUGGGAUUCUCUUCCAAGUCACCAGCGCCUCCUCCCGUGGAUUCCGUCGUUCUCGAGUAUGCCGUCGAAGCCCUGGCUGUCUUGCAAGAUCAGUAUUUCCACCCAGAUUAUGCGACUUGGCCAUCUGCCAUAGACUGGACGGCCGCUGUUGCAGGCACUGUAAUUGCUGGCACGCUAACUACAUUGUCCAAGUCUUUGGCUACCAUCCAGCUCGACGGCGUGGAUGACUGGAAGGCCAAGGAAAACCUCAUCUCAUCCUACUAUGCACAGUUGGUUGGGUCAUACUACGGGCAGGAUGUCCUAUCUAUCAGAGGACAGGCCUAUGACGAUAUUCUUUGGGUGGCCCUCGGCUGGAUUGAGGCCAUCAACUUUGUGAGGACUCACGCUGAACUGCACUACCCAAGGUCCGGACCCCAUGAGGUUGUUCCAGGCAGCGGACUCAAAAAUAUCAUGGACUCGAUACCGUGGCAUGGCCAUAAUUGGCUGUCGUCCUUCGCUCACCGCUCACGAAUCUUCUGGAACCUGGGGGCUCGAGGCUGGGAAACAAAAUUCUGCAAGGGGGGUAUGGUUUGGAACCCUCGCCUCAACCCAUACAAGAAUGCCAUUACCAACGAACUCUGGAUUUCUACAUCCAUCUCCAUGUAUCGCCACUUUCCUGGCGAUAACUUUACAGCACCGUGGCUUGCCACGGCCGGGUUCCCCACCAACGACCCUGCACACCUACAGGCCGCCAUGGACGGAUACAAAUGGUUGAUGGACGUCAACAUGACCAAUCAUCACGGCCUGUUUGUGGAUGGCUAUCACAUCGAUGGAAGGAGGCCUGGCAACACAGAGUGUGACCUUCGUGACGAGAUGGUGUACACGUACAACCAAGGUGUCUUGCUCACGGGUCAGCGGGGGCUUUGGACUGUCAGCGGGGGUGCAUCGUUUCUGGAGGAAGGACAUGUGCUGAUCCAGUCCGUCAUUGAAGCCACUGGGUGGAGUCUUAAGGAGAAUAAGGCCAGAGAUGAUCCGGAGUCGGUUCCAUCUGGUCGAUUACCACCCUGGAGAGGACUCGGCCGCGGAGGAAUUCUCGAAGAACAGUGCGAUGCAAGCGGUACCUGUUCGCAGGACGGACAAACCUUCAAGGGCGUCUUCUUCCAUCACCUCACCUCUUUUUGCACGCCUCUUGACCCUCUCCAGGUUGCAAAGGGUAUGAAGUUGGAUAAACGAGGUUAUCGGCGAGUCAAGACUGCUCAUAUCACUGCCUGCAGCACCUACGUAAGCUGGAUCAAGCAUAACGCCCUCGCAGCUCUAGGCACUCGCGACGACAUGGGGCGCUUCGGCAUGUGGUGGGGCGCCGGGAUAUUUGAUGCGGUCGUCACACUUGACAACGAUGGAAUCAACCACGAUGCGGAGAACACGACCGAUUAUCGCAACCAGGGAACGCCGGAGGACGAGACGUGGGGAGGCCUCCAUCGAUGGCUACCCGGAACAGGCCGGUGGAGCGUGGUAGAUCCGGGGACAGGUCAGAAAGUACUCGGUGGCAUGAAGGAGGCUCAAGGGUUAAGAGAUGGGUAUGCGUCCGGGGAAACGAGGCAGAGCAAACGGAGCCUUCAGGAUCCAAAUGAGCGGGGGCGGGGACGAACGGUAGAGACACAAAUUGGCGGUCUCGCAUUGCUGAGAGCAUAUUGGGAGCUUUCUCAAACCUGACGAUGGCACGGAGUUUCACGAAAAUACAUAGCCAUGAUAUCAAGCCACUAGAUUACGCGCGUAACAUAGACGAUCUUUCAGAUAGACGGGCAAGACGCCCUCAAUACACAACAUAUGUUUCAA